UGACAGCUGCCAUCCAUUCUCCCUCCAUUAUCGGAGCAUAAAUCUCCGAGAACUUGCAUGGGAUGUCCGAAAUUUCCGAGAAAAGUGGACCGACCCCGUCAUCCACAAUGCACGAGAUCGCACUACGCAAGCACCUGGACCGGAAGCGACGCCAUCAGAAGCCGAGAGUUUUGUUCUCGUGCACAUUCUGCAGGACGAGGAAACUGAAAUGCAACCGCCAACAACCAUGUGACAACUGCGUCAAGCGCAACCAGGGUCCCUCUUGUCACUAUGAUGUGGAACGAGGGGAUUCGAUCAAAUCCACCAGCGAUCUUCAUGAUCGGUUGAAGUUUCUCGAAGAGAAGGUUCAACGGCUAGAACGACAAUCAAUGCCUGAAAUUACACGCCCUGACAGUAGGAAUUCCGGUGACGGCCACGAUAAACAAUCCUCCCAUGCCCCAGGGGUGAUCUUUUCCGGGCACGGAGGUACGCGAUACGUUGACUCAGGUCACUGGAGGGCCAUUCUUAAUGAUAUCGAGGAAAUCGGGAAAGAUCGUCACCACGCGGCAGUCGCGGACCCCAUUGACGACGUGGAUCGGAACACCAGAGGUCUGGAGUUAUUGAUAGGAAUGCCGGUUGCCAGAGGCACGAGCGAGCUGCUUGCUGUUAUGCCACCGCGUAAUACAGCAGAUCCGCUAGUGGCACGAUACUUCAAGUCGAGGGAAACUUCGUUGAUCUUCAUUCAUACUCCAACCUUUUACAAAGAGUAUGAGGCAUUCUGGGAGGACCCCUUACAGGUGUCUAUUCCAUGGCUUGGCAUUCUGUACGGUGUACUCUCCUGUGGACUGUGGAUGGAAUUCCAAACCGAUCAACGCUUUUCAUCUCUGUUAGAUGCCAGGUUCUGCGGUGUAUAUCGCACAUACUGUGCGCUAUGCCUCACCAGCUGUAACUACACUGUCCCCGGGCGAUACAAACCCGAGGCACUAGUGAUGUACUUGGGAAACGAGUAUCUCCAGAACCCAACGGCCAGGUCGGGCAUUUCAAUGCUGUUAAGCUGUGCCGUUCGCCUGGCGAUUCUGAUGGGUUAUCACCGGGAUUCGCGACACUACCCCCACAUCACCACAUUCGAGGGAGAAAUGCGGCGUCGCCUCUGGUUGUUUCUGCGAGUCACAGAUGCAGUUAUGGCGCGGCAAUAUGGAAUCCCAGCGGUUAUACAAAAAGGGCAUGGAGACACAUCCUUACCUCGCAAUCUACUAGAUGAAGACUUUGGGCCCAAUACUCGUGUGUUGCCUCUUCCCAGGCCUGAAAUAGUAACCACACCUAUUGCAAGGUCCCUAUCAAUCGAGCGGGUCCUGGCUGUGACUGGCGAGAUCCUCCACGCAACAUCCUCCAUGGAGCUUCUCUCUUACGACCGCACAAUAGAGCUGAAUUCUAAGAUCGACCAGGUGCGCAGUCGCCUCUCCCCAGCCUUCCAGAUGCAGGUCUCUCCCCCCGCGACACCCGGCGUUUCAAGCCCCGAGGACGUGCGAGGGAUAGACAUUGCACUUCAGCGCUACGGCACCGAAAUGGUUCUCCAGGUCGCAAGAUGCAUCCUACUCAGGCGGUAUCUGAUUGACGCAAGGUCAGAAACCCGGUAUGACCAGCUUCGGUGGGCCUGUCUCGACGCUGCACGCCAAAUACUCCAUCACCAACUCGAGCUGUUCCAGCAGGUUAUAGUCCGGGCUAAACAGCACAACAGAGUCUGGUUUUCUUUUUCUCAUAUAGUAUCGGACUGUUUGACUGCGGCCAUGGUGAUCUGCCUUGAGGUUAUCUGUCAGAUACGAGCGAAGCAGCAUGUUGACUCAGACCUGAUUCAUUUGCUACAAGGGUCACAUCAGACAUGGAGGUCAUCAGAGAGACAAACUGUCGAGGUGUCUAAGGCAGAGGGAAUUCUUGCAGCUAUGCUGGAAUUGAUCGCGUCUAAAUUAUCGGAGCAGAAUUCGCGUGACGCCGAGUUGUCUGACAAAGCAGCAUGCGAUCAGACUGCAAGACGCGUGGAAACGGAGUUUCCGAUGGGUCUCGUCAACGAUGUGCUGGCAGGUUCAGACUUCGACUGGGACCUAUGGGACUUUGAAAUGCAACAGAGUGUGUCAGGAUUCCCUGCCACCUGGAUGUGCUAAGUUCAUCUUCUGACAUGCUACUUCGCUGAACAUGCCUUCCGUGGAAUCUUGUCUAUCGGCUUACAGCCCCGUCGAGCAAAGCG